AUGGAAGAAAAACCAGUGUGCACAUCCACGCAAAUACCCGAUGAUGAAGACACACAAAAAGAAGAGAAUAUCCGUUGCUUAACUAUGCUUGGUCAUUUUGGUUUUGAAUGUUUGCCUCAUCAGUUGGUCACUAAAUCUAUUCAACAAGGAUUCUCUUUUAAUAUUCUCUGUGUGGGGGAGACUGGACUCGGAAAAUCAACACUGAUUGACACAUUGUUUAACACUAAUUCGAGAGAAAAAAAAUGCUCACAUUUUUGCCCAAAUGUUGAACUUAAAAUUCAGACAUAUCAACUCCAGGAAAGCAAUGUUCAGUUGAAAUUAACUGUUGUGACUACAGUGGGAUAUGGUGAUCAAAUGAACAAAGAAGCCAGCUACCAACCAAUAGUUUCCUACAUAGAUGCUCAAUUUGAGGCCUAUUUUCAAGAAGAACUGAAAAUUAAACGUUCCUUUGCUGACUACCAUGACACUCGUAUCCACGUGUGCCUUUUCUUCAUUGCACCCACGGGACAUUCUCUGAAGGCCCUUGAUCUACUAACCUUGAAGAACAUCGACAGUAAGGUGAACAUUAUACCACUGAUUGCCAAAGCAGAUACAAUUUCUAAAAAUGAUUUACAGACAUUUAAGAGUAAGAUAAUGAAUGAAUUGAUUAGUAAUGGCAUCCAGAUAUACCAGUUCCCAAUAGAUGAAAAAACUACUGCUCAAAUGAACUCCUCAAUGAAUGAACACUUACCUUUUGCUGUAGUGGGGUGUAUGGAUGAGGUGAAAGUUGGAAAAAGGAUGGUCAGAGGCCGUCUCUAUCCUUGGGGAGUUUUACAAGUGGAAAAUGAAAAUCACUGUGACUUUGUUAAGCUCCGGGAUAUGCUUCUUUGUACAAAUACGGAACACCUGAAAGAAGUAACCCACACUAAGCACUAUGAAUGCUACAGGCGCUGCAGACUGCAGAAAAUGGGCUUCACUGAUGUGGGCCCAGACAACCAGCCGCUUAGUUUUCAAGAGAUCUAUGAAGCCAAAAGAAAGGAGUUCCAUGAACAAUGCCAGAGGGAAGAAGAAGAAUUGAAGCAUAAGUUUAUGCAGCGAGUUAUGGAGAAAGAAAUAGCAUUUAAAGAAGCUGAAAAAGAACUACAGGACAAGUUUGAGCGUCUUAAAAGAAUCCAGCAAGAGGAGACAAUAAAACUUGAGGAGGAGAAAAGAAAACUGGAUGAAGAAAUUAUGAAUUUUUAUAAAAUGAAGGCUGACUCUGAAAUAUCACAGACUCAGGGUUGCGCCAAUAUAAAAAAGGACAAAGAUCGUAAGAAAUAG